GAAAUCCAUAGACAGUAUUCAUCAACCUUCUUUCCGGUUUCAAAAUGCCGCCCAAGAAGGACACGAAGGCUUCGGCCAAGCAGCCCCAGAAAACACAGAAGAAGAAGGAAGGAUCCGGUGGCGGUAAAGCCAAGAAGAAGAAGUGGUCCAAAGGAAAAGUUCGUGACAAGCUUAACAAUCAGGUGUUGUUCGACAAGCCCACAUAUGAGAAACUGUACAAGGAAGUGCCCCAGUACAAGCUGAUCACACCCGCCGUCGUCUCUGAGAGGCUGAAGGUCAGGGGAUCCCUCGCCAGGAGAGCACUCAUUGAGCUCAGGGAGAAGGGUUUAAUCAAACAAGUAGUCCAGCACCACGGACAGGUCAUCUACACUAGGGCUACCAAGGGUGAUGACCCCGUCGCAUAAGAUUAUGUAUAAGUAAAAAAUAAAAAAAUCCAUAAAA